UAAUUACCACAUUUCAUUCAGAGUUCUUCUGGGAAACAUCUUGUGACGUGACGCCCCCUUGUGGUAUAUUAUUGUACCGCAUGCUUUUACUACCCCAAGUCACGUUCUGCCUUGGCCCACUAACCAAUCACCUCUCAGAAUCUGCCUCAGGCGUCUAGAAAGUGUGCUAAUUAACUCCCGAGUUAAGACUGUCAGGUAUCAGCACGCUCAACAAAUCCUCAAAUCACCUCCAUUGUCAGUUGAAAUGUUAGAAAAUGCUAACUUUAAUUAAUUACAAUGAAUUACUCCUUCAUAAAGAUGAACGACCGUAAGCUGAUGAAUAACGUAUAAAGGUGAGCCUUUAAUACUAAACUCAGGUCAAGUUUAUCCCAUGCUCGGAAGUAACGAAUCUGCGCGUUAAAUCAGUUCCACACUCCUCAAGACUGAUAAUUAGCCUCCCAAAUAUCAACGAUACCGUCAUCAUUUAGCGAGAAAAUGUCAAGUUACAGCUUUUAAAACAAGGUAAGUGCGUGUUUCAGGCAGAAGUUAGACUCAACGUGAUGUGUAGCUUUUAAAAUCUAAGUUAGGGACGAGUUCUGGUCUAAUAACUUGUUGCUACUAAGCUAGGUCACAGUUAACAGUUACUAACGAGUUUACGUGGUUAACAGUGGACACACGGCACGUGGUGAAGGUUAUUCCCCCUUUAAACCGUUUUAAAGGCGUUAUUAGUAAACUCUUGGCGGCGGGUGGUUUGUUGUGGUGUCGGUGCCAUGGUGACCGGGGUGGGUCUGAGUAUAGCGGUUCCAAGGUAACGGACCCUGCUGCUGGAAAGUGCGACCCAGGCGUCUCACCUCACUCCUUGAACUCAUCUCUCAGCAGAUGCACGCAGUAUGAGUCAACGAAGCCCCCCUCAUCAGAGAUUUGGAAGAGCUUACCCCCCAUCUGCCAGCUGAGAUAAAGCUUUCGUUCUCCCAGGAAUGAGCAGGGAGCGCAAACAAGUCAACAGAUUUAGAUGAUAAUCCACUUCGCUCCCCCGCCAUAUUUUCAAAGUGAGCCUUAUUUCAAAGCCUGAGGAGAUGAAGAAGAUGCAGGAAGUGACCGUUCCUGGAUAAGAAGGUGAUUGAGAUCCAAAGGUUUGGUUUAGAAGAGAAUGGAAACUAGAAGGAAGACCAGACCAGGGGUUCUCACAUGGACCCCUGCUCCAGUUCAGAGCUCCCCCACGGAGAAUCCCUGGGAGCACCAGGAUGUUUUUUUCAGUCAGAUGGAUGAGAACGGCGUCAUUGGGCUGUCAGAGGCGCUGGAAGAAGUGGAACUGGAAGAGACUCGUAAGCCACCUGAACCUGCCAGUCCAGAAGAACCCAGUAGAUCCAUGAAGGAAACACCGACCGAAGAGCUGAGAGAGCGUCGGCUCCACCCUCAGUCCUCAGGCAGAGACCAGCGAGCUCCACUAAGCCCUUGGUUCAAAACUUUGAUGGAGGAUGAGAUGUUGAGACAGAAAACUGACAAGCAGAGGACCAGAAACCAUCCUGAUGUAGAGGAAGGUGAACGUGGAGCUGCGGCUGGUUUGACUCGUAGAGUUGAUGUCCUGGAUGUUGGACCGGAUGAGAUCUCUGCCUAUCCUGGUUUAGGAUUCCAGCCUGCCCCACACAUCACAGCCUCCUUUCUGCCUCAUCUUUUUCAUCUCACUGCAGAGGAACUAGCUGCAGCUCCGGACAUAGAAGCAGAAACCUUACCAGACGUCUCAGAAAGUCCCCCAGAGUCACGCUGCAGCCCCACUAGUAUGAAGUCCAGUCCAGAGUCCAGUCUCGGGGCUUUUCCUCAACCAGCAGCUUCAUCCACUGAACUGUUCUCAUCAAACCUUUACAGCGUGUUCAGUAAUGAUCCAGAACCAUCAGAAAAGCACGAUAAGCCUCAUCCGUCACCAGAAAAGGCAGAAACUUCAAGGACUCGUUUCCUUACCAGAGUCAAAACACACCCCUUUGAAUCCAAGCAACAGAGGAAAAGUUCAAAGAUUCCCAGAAGAGUGACUGAAGAUGCUGCUCAGGUAGAUGAGUUCAGGUCUUUGAGUCAUCAAACACCAGACUUCUCGAAGGUGGAACCAAGAGUUCAUUUCCCUAAAAGUGGGUAUAAACCCCCCAAAAGCAAGCGGUCACCAACAGGAACAAGCCUGCCUCCCGAGCCCCCGAUGGCCUUCAAAUCCCCGGCUGAUAUUGUGAAAGAAGUUUUAUUAAAAACUCUGGAUGGAUAUUCAUCAUCGGGUUCUAGCAGCACGCCGACCAAUGCUGCUAAGUUCACCGUGCCUCCAGACUUCAGAUGCAGACAUCAGGCCUCCACGCUGCUCCAACAGCUUCAGGAGGACUACAACAACCUGCUGACUAAGUAUGCGGAGGCAGAGAACACCAUUGAUCGUCUGCGUCUGGAAGCCAGGGUGAAUCUGAACUCUGACCCUCCGAAGGCUAAACUCUCCGUAAGUUCAGGACUAAACCUUAAAGCUUCAGAGUUCCUGAUGCUGGAUUUCUCUCAGGCUCAGAGGGCGGAGCUUAGCUCAGACGCAUGCAGCGCCCAGCUGGAAAAGUUAGACGCUUGUCCUUCAAAUCCCCCGCUGGGACGUCAGCCCGCCACUGCUCUCCUCGGCCAGACUGAGACGCUCCUCCAGCAGCUUCAGAGUUUUGAGGAUCUCCUUAAGAGUGAAAAUCUCUCAGUUCUUCAGAAGAAGGAGCGUCUCGCUCAGCUUUGUGAGAAUCUGGCGUCUUUAGAGAGGAGAUACCUUCUGAUCAGAGAUGAACACAAACUCCUGCUGCAGGGAGGAGCAGAAACCUGCAGCUUCGACCCCCAGCGGGAGCUGGAGGGUCUGAUCUUUCAGUGUGGGCUUCAUCUAGAGGAGCUGAAGGAGCAGAUCUGUGAUCGUUCUCCAUCUUCUGAGGAGGAGAAAACACUGACUCAUGCUCAGAGUUCACCUGAGCCUCUGCUGGCCGGUCCAGGUGAUGCAGCAGGGGUGGAGAUGGGUGAUGAGGAGGAGGAGGAUGUUCUCCGGGUUCCCUACCAGAGGCCUCAGAUCUGUAAACGUACCUGCCUUCACCCGGACUCGACCCCAGCAGUGGAUCCUAACCAAAUCUCAGAGGAGCGUCCCAGACAGCCCCCUCCCUGUUCUGCUUUAAACACUGGGAGUGAGGAAGAGGAGCAGAAGAGUCACAGAGCUGGAAACGGUGAAGGUCUGGCGAGGAGACUUGAGUCAGACCAGGACUCUCGGGUCGGCAGCAGACGACACGGAUGCUCCAGGUCCAGCCCCUCCUCCGGGACUCCUGCUCUUCCUGUUCGCAGUAGAAGACGAUUAGUGAUGAGCAGAAGUCCCAGCAGCAGCCUGAGCAGCCUACCAGACACCGCGCCAGAAAAGAGGAGCUUCAAGGCUCCAACAGGAACCAGGAGGGUUCUGUCUCAGGACGGGGUCAUCUCUCCAGAGACUGAUAGUGGCUUUGUUGGUUCUGACAGCAGCCGUCUAGCUCCUGCUGUAGCUCCUAUUGUCCUCCACCAGGGGGUGGCAGAGAGCGCUUCAGUUCCUCAGGGUGUGAACUCCAGAGGUUCCCAGCCAGCAUCUCCUUCCUCUUCAUCACUCAGUCACACAGCUCAGGAAUCCACCGGUGAUUCCCAGCUGGAUCCAAACCAGCCGAGGAGAACCCAGCAGGGUCAGAGAAGGCGCGCGUUCUCCCUCUCAUCUCACGUCUGCGUCAGCCACAGACACCAGAGCAGAGCUGGUAGCAGAACCGGUGAGAGCUGGAUCCAGACCCUCUCUGGGUCUGAAUCAGGACAGAGUGACCAGCACUCUGGAUCCGUUGACUCUGCUCCCUACAGCGCUCACUCCGACUCCCCGCCAGCUGCCUGCUGUCUCCAUGGCGACUCUCUGAGAGCGCUGGGCUCCCUUCACAAAGACGCUUUAGUGACACAUCAGGCCGAAGUCGACAAACCGAAGAAACGUGAAAGCUUUCUGAGAAGCGUGACGCCUCCCAGCUCAGCUGCUCCUUCGGCUCGGAGGAGCCGCUCUCGUCACAUCAGGAGCGACAGCAACAGUUUGGGAAGGGUGGAAACACACGAGGUGGAAGGAAACGCUGCAUUUAGAUGGAUGACUUCUGCUUCUGCACAGAAACCUCAGCAGGACGUCUACCUGGAGCCGUCCACCUCCACGCCUGGAGUUUCCAGAUGCACUCAAACAACUGCAGAGUCACACAGCAGGAAAACUCAGACCGGACAGCACAGCAGCGAUCAGAGAGCUUCUUCUCCCCUGUCUGUCUUGGCACCACCAGGGGGCGACAGAUCCUCUGCUGUCCGCUGUUGGCGCUGUGGAGGCCUUAAACCACAGAAAUGCUCUGAAACAGACCGUCACACGCAAAAGCCAUCCUCACACCACAACGUCCAGCCAGCCCCGUCUCCAGACAGAACCACAGACAGGAGGCUCUGUGCUGCAGCGUCUGCUCCGAUCCUCCAUCUGCUGCCAGUCGGCCCACCUCAGCUCCUCGCUGUCUCUUUCUCCAUCCUCAGGUUGUGCUCAGCAGCUCUUCACUCGUCUCCUGACAACGUUGCACAUGUAAGGUCAAGGGUCAGACGCCCCAGGGAGGAGGAGGAGGAGGAGGAAAGGGGGAGGGUGAGACGCUCCCUUUCUGUUGAUCGCUCCGUCGACAGCUCUCUGGCCAGAGCCGUCAGAGCAGCUCGGCACAUGAAGCACACCUCCAGACACAUGGCUCGCUCUCUGGCUUCAGGCCUGCAGCACCACCAGCUGCUGGCUCAGGCCCACUGGUCCUAGAGCCAGAACCGGAGCAGCAUCAGCUUAAAUAAACUGGGAUGGAGACCAAAGUAAAUAAAAACAUGUUUGUAAAUAUUUUAGGGUUAUUUUUACAUUUAGGUGAAAAAACUUUGAAGGAUUUUUAAUAAAUGCUUUUUAAAUGAUGUUUAUUGGUUUAGCCUCAGCGACUCAGACGUGCGUGUUUCUGGGCUAUGGGAGGAACCGGAGCACACACCCUAACUCCAUAUAAAAACGCCUAAGCCAGGAUUCUAACCUGCAACCUUCCUGCUGCGAGACAACCUGUGCUUCCAUGCAGCGAAUAAAAAGCUCAUUUCUAAUUUAUUGUGCAUUUAACGCGACUUAGUUCCUUUACUAGAUUUUAUAUUUACAGCAGAAGUUCUGCCAGGAGUUCAGACAUCUCAGUCAAAUCCCGUAGACCGUACUGGUUUAUAACCAGGUGCUGGGGCUGGGCGAUAUGGCCUAAAAUCAAUAUCACAAUAUAUUGAGGAUUUCACCUCGAUGAGUAGACGAUAACCACAGGUGUGCGCAGAAACAAAAGUUGUCCACUAGAUGGAGCUGUCACGUGUGUUGUUGAGUCACAUGUUUACGUGACAUUAAAGGGACAUAAUGGAAUUGUGACAGCCAAAACAUGUAUAGAAAUAAUAAAUGUCUUCUUCAUACGUUCUCCUGCGAUGCCCUGGUCCUGUAGAAUGAGCCCUGGCAUUUUUACUGUGAUUUCCUGUUUUUCUGUAAAAUCACAGAAAAAGAGAGAUGCUCGGGUCGAGCAGGCUGCUUCAUGCACGUUCACGCUCAGGCAUCGCCCGUAGCAUUUGCUAUCCGUAGCUUUAGCAGCAGAGAGAUGAGGCAGUGUCACUUUGUCGCUGUUCCUAACGCCUAGUGACAAAGCUAGCUACAUUUCUGAGGACCCUUAGCUACUUUCUGUAGAACUUUCUUCUAGAUAUUUCCUGCUAAUUAGCAACAAAAUAGCCAUUUUCACUCCGACCCGUUCUUUGAACGUUGUUUCAGCUGUCAUCAAGGAUAUAAAUGUUACAGAUACUGUGAAUGUUACUAGAGUGUAGCUCACCUAGUAAGAUGUCUGACUCUCAUGCUGAAGUCCUGGGUUUGAUUCUGGAUGUAAACAUAGUUCAUUUAGAGUUUCUUUUUUACAUUAAUGGUAUAUUUUUUUACAGUAAGAUGCCCAAAUUUUUAUUUGAGACUCGCCGAACGGCAUUGAAUUCACAGAUAAAAAAGAUGUGGGUUCAACUUUCAUUGUGGAACAAAUUUUCAAGCAAGGGAAGGGAAUGAUCUGAGCAUGCAGGAGGACUGACCCAUCAUAAACCUUUGUCGGCUGUGCUGAAGAGAAAGCUACAGAACCACAUUAUUUAAUUAAUUAGCUGCAUGUUCUCCUGUCCUCUGUCCUCCAGGCCACACACACACACACACACACACACGGGACUGUCUCAGUUGUUAAUUUUCGUUAAGGAGUGUACAACUGUCCACAUUCUCCAAACACAACUAAAACCACAACCAGACAGCCCAGAUGGGAAACAAGGCAAUUUUAAAUAGUAAUAAAUUAAGAUACAACGAUAUUUGAACUUUAUUUUAGAAGAGCAUCUGACCUUCUCUGGUGUCUGCUGAAAAAAAAACCUUGAACAAAUGUAGUUGAGAAUAAAUAAAACAACUGACUAAAUUUCCUAAAUGGAAUUUGAACUCACAACCUCCAUCCUGUCAGCACGUUCACACAGGGCAGCUCUUCUAAAAUAAAGUUCAACUAUUAUUUUAUCUUAAUGCAUCCGAAACCAAACAUUGCUUUGUUUACGUGUGUGCUCGGGGAACGCAAACCAUCACUGACACUUGGGACGCGAAACUCCAAACGGAGGCGCCAGGGCCCAAAGAAAAAGGCCUAAAGGGACAUGAAUGCUGCCAACCUACACAUCCUUUCAUUUUUUUUUUAAUUAUCAAAUUUAUUGAUAUGGGAAAAAUUAUCUUGAUAAAAGUCAGAAAUUUCGGUAACGAUAAAUUUCCGAUUUAUUGCCCAGCCCUAGCAGUACUGUAGAGAAAACAGCUUCAGGUAUUUGUUUCUCUCAUGCUGUUGGUUUUGCUUUGGUGCAUUUUUAACGUGUUUUUCAGCAACAACAAGUCCCAAUGGGUCAGAACUUUUCUACGUUUUUCAUAUGAAAUGUGGAAACUUUGUGCUUUUUAAAGAUUAACAACUUAUUUUACUUUGACCUAUAGGUUUUAUUCAGAGUUUGAAUUAGACACCAGAAAUGUUACUGUUGUUCCUUCUGUAAGACUUCUAAACUCUCAGCUUGGUGUUCCUUUUGUUCUCUGUUCUGUUCUGUUCUGGAUGAUCUCCGUGUCUUUCUGCUUACGCGGUCAAACCUUCAGCAGCGUAGCUAAUGGACACCGCUCAGUUUCAGCACUGUGAAAAUGUGGGUUAAAUAGUUUUCCUUAUUGUAGUUUUUUUACAUGAUUUUGUACAAUAAAGUUACUCAUAACA